UCAUUACCACAGACGGUCCCGGGUAGGUGCAUUGCGCUUCCUUUCAUGCAUACCUAUAUUUCGGCCUCUUUUCCUUUGUUCCUUUUUUCUUGUUAUUUAUUUUCCCCUCCCCCCCUCCUGUGACACGGCUUCGAGAAAGCAUCCGUUCGGUCGGUCGUUCGCUGCCCUGGAGAUAUGUAUUAGCCCCGUGCAGUCAAUGGUGUCAGCCUUCUCUUUCUUGGGCUUGGACAGCCUUUGGUUCGUCGGGCAGCCGUGUCGCUGGCCAAGUGGCGGGGUACGGUAGGCCGGGUCCAUGGAGGGGAAAGCGUACCAUUGGAUUCAUCCUGUCUAGCCAGGUUCUUCCGCGCUACGAGUUACGACAGACAUGACCGCAACACGCAUGGGUGUAUCACUGGUACAUAGCUUCGAGUGAAGACAGGCAGAGCCCUGGGAGUGCGAAAGCGAAACCUGGAACACACAAGACUUGCGACCUCUUUGCGGCUCGUUUGUGAGCCUGUUCGUGGCUGGCUCGAGAGUGGGUGUGGCAUCACUUUUCCAUGUUGAGGUCACGGUGUGGUGUCCUUGGUGGCCUUGGUUCUCCUGUGUUGCAUCACGCAGCCAUCCUAGCCCCCCUCACGUCCUCCAAGUCCAAAAAGACUGCAUCAUACCGCUCCUCCUUUUCAGGGCCGACGUCCUACGUAGCCACUCCUCCCCAGCCCAACCCCAAACAAGAAUUUCAGGUUACUGCCCAUUUCUGAUUGUUUUUAUCGCGAACUUCCCCUUUGCCGUCGCCUGGCAAACCCCGGCCCGUCCCUCACCCCCCCGUCUCAAGAGAGGCGCGAUCAUUUUAACCAAGUCGACGACAUCGCAGUACAAAUAAAGACAAUGAUCAAGACAAGGUCCCCCCCGCUUUCGCGAUUCCGCUCAGUGCACACCCCCAAACCCCCAGUCCUGAAGCUGCUGAAAGUUUGGCAUCUUGCGGAGAACCAGAUCUAGCCCACCCAACCCUGACUAAGACCCCGCCACCUGUCCCCCCCAGCCUAACUCCGCGUCGCUUGUCGCAUCCCACCAUCCUCCCCAAUCGUGACAACAUUUCGGCCAAACAACCAUCGUGAACUCAUAUACUUACAAUCGUGCUUUUUACAGGGCCGCACACUUAGCAUCAGCUAUGACCAACUCACCGACCUCGUCCUCUUCGGCAGCAGAGGACAUCGCCGAGAACACUGCCGAUGAGGAGGAUCAGGAGGAUUACUGCAAGGGAGGUUACCAUCCGGUCACCAUUGGCGAAAAGUUCAAGGACGGCAAAUACACCGUAGUGCGCAAGCUCGGAUGGGGCCAUUUCUCGACAGUCUGGCUAUCAAGAGACAACACCACCGGAAAACACGUAGCCCUCAAGGUGGUACGCUCCGCCGCCCAUUACACCGAAACCGCCAUUGACGAGAUCAAGCUUCUCAACAAAAUCGUCCAAGCGAAUCCCAACCAUCCCGGUCGCCGACAUGUUGUCAGCCUUCUCGACUCAUUCGAACACAAGGGCCCCAAUGGCACCCACGUGUGCAUGGUUUUCGAGGUUUUGGGAGAGAACCUCCUAGGUCUCAUCAAGAGGUGGAAUCACAGGGGUAUUCCGAUGGCUCUUGUCAAACAAAUUACAAAACAGGUCCUUCUCGGUCUCGACUACCUGCACCGUGAAUGUGGCAUCAUCCACACAGAUCUCAAGCCCGAAAACGUCCUGAUUGAAAUUGGCGACGUUGAGCAAACUGUGAAGAGGGUCGUGAAGGAUGAGCCCAACGACAAAGAGAACACUCGGAAUAGUCGCAGGAGACGGAGGACCCUAAUCACUGGCAGCCAGCCGUUGCCUUCGCCUCUCAAUGCCAGCUUCAAUCAGGGAUCGAUGUUCCCCUCCCCAGCACCCCAGUCGCUUGGCCAGAUGUUGGCGGAAGGGGCCAAAUCGCAAGAAGGAUCUCCGUUCCACAACAAGAACGGGGAGGACGACCAAAGUCGGCGUGAGAAGAGCGCCGAUCUCCUGAGCAAGGAGGUUUCGGGAAUUUCGCUAGAUAAGACGGCUACACCCCCCGCGACUUCGGGAGACAAGCGCAACCUAGACGAUAUGCAGUUUGACAUUAUCAGUGUCAAGAUUGCAGAUCUCGGAAACGCAUGCUGGGUCAACCACCACUUCACAAACGACAUUCAGACGCGACAGUAUCGGUCGCCCGAGGUCAUUCUGGGUGCCAAGUGGGGUGCAAGCACGGAUGUCUGGAGUAUGGCUGCCAUGGUGUUCGAGCUUAUCACCGGCGAUUAUCUUUUCGAUCCGCAGUCCGGAACUAAGUAUGGCAAGGACGACGACCACAUCGCGCAGAUUAUCGAGCUUCUGGGUGCCUUCCCGAAGUCCCUUUGUCUAUCCGGCAAAUGGUCGCAAGAGAUCUUCAACCGAAAAGGCGAGCUACGUAACAUCCACCGCUUGAGGCAUUGGGCGCUGCCGGAUGUACUACGUGAGAAAUAUCACUUCAAGGCAGAGGAGGCUCAGCGCAUUGCAGACUUCCUCAUGCCCAUGUUGGAGCUGAUACCCGAGAGACGAGCCAAUGCAGGCGGUAUGGCCGGACACAGCUGGCUCGAGGACACUCCUGGUAUGAAGGGCAUCAAGAUCGACAAGGUAGAGGUCGGAAGUCGUGGUGAGGGUAUAGAGGGCUGGGCAAGUGAGGUUAGGAAGCGAUAAAUGUUUUUGUUUUCUUUUGUCGUUACGUCCGAAUGUCAGACACGACCCGGAGGCUCAAAUUUCCACCGAGGACACUGGACACUUUUGGACAGGGGGGCUAGUGUGGGGAGAGGGUAGUGCAUGUGACAAACAAUAAGAACGAAGGGAGAGCUGGCUGGCUGGUAUGGACACUCCUAGUACUCCUCAGCGGAAACACACACCUUGGAGAGAGAGCUUUGUCUUUUUUUUUCUGCUUCUGUUGGUAUAAUGCAGAAAGAUGUUGGAACGCUCAUUCUACCGCUGCGCUGGCAGGCAAGCUAUGAAUCGAAAGACAAGUGGGUGGGUACUAGACCGGAAUCAGAGACAUUCCUUUUCUUUGUUUCACAUCCGGAAAGUCCCCUUCUUGUCGGCGGCUACAUAGCCUCGGCUGGCACCAGAAUAAGGAUUUCUACAUCAGGAUAAGAUGCUUGCAUCUAUACCGUGGAAGUACAUCAUCUCGAUCCUUGAUAUACCUUCUUAUCCCUGUGGAACAAGAAAAUAUCCACAUUUUACCUUUCCUUAGCCUUCUUCCUAGCUCGGAAGUUGGCCUUCACAGCGAGUCGAUCUAGCUUUGCCUAUCAUAACUUCAGCAGAGAGCUGUUUUUCAUGUUCUUUCUCGUGUUUAUAAGGGGGAGUGUGCUUUACAUGUCUAUAGCGAAAGAUCAGAUACCUUCAAUGUUUUUCCUUGUUUCACAGUAGCAAGUAUAUUUUAGACAUUUCAUUCUCACAUGUUCCCCACGUCUGCGAUGGAUCGAUAGGCUCGUGAUAGGAUACCGCGAUACAUGAUGAAGCCAAAUUGUUCAUAAUUCUUGGAUCGGUUCUUAUUCGUCUGUGGUUUUGCCUUUGCGUUUGUCACAUUUAUUUUCUCCCUUUUUUUUUCUUCCUUUUUUUUAAGGUUGGGUCGAGUUGACAUGCCACAGGGGCAGAAAAGUUAGUGAUGGUCACGGUAUCUAGCUUUCACUUUGGUUCUCUCUCUUCAUCUGGAUACCUUUAGGAAUGAUCAAUAGAGAUGGACCAUGACUUGAGAUACGAAAGAC